GGUUUCCCAAGCGUCCUGGGUUCGAUCGAACCCAGGCUCUGGGUUUCGAACGAACCCAGGCAGCCUGGGUUUCGAACGAACCCAGAGCCUGGGUUCCGAAACCCAGAGCCUGGGUUUCGAACAAACCCAAUGCCUGGGUUCCAUCGAGACCCAAGCCCUGGGUUCCUUGGAACCCAGGCGUGGAACCUAGGACGCCUCAGUUUGAAGGAACCCAACCCUGUUCUGCAAAACCAACCUAAAAGGCUGAAAUUAUCCCUCCCAAAUCCUCUCUAGUUCUGAAGGGAGAGUUUUAAAGAGAGAAAGGGAUCACCUUUCAGCUUCUCUCUUGAACUGUGUCUCUGUCCUUCUCCUUGGACGAGUUUAGGGUUCUCAGUUUCAGUUCUAAGAUGUUCAGUUCUCGUUUUCAUUUUCCUUUUCUGAAUCAGUAAUGAUCAAUCUUUUGCGUUUUUUUUUUUUUUUUUCUAGUUUGUUUAAUUGAGAUUGUGCUGGCUCUGUGAAUUUGAGCUAAAUCCUUGCUAUUAUUUCGUUAAAGUUCCUGUUUUUAGUGGGUUGUGGUGGUAGAUUUGUGUGCUUUUAUAAUGUUCUGCUAAAACCUUCAUUUGGGUGCUGAGAAAAGCUCCGGGCAACUUUGGGGAAAUCUUUGUAUUCAAGCUUUUGUUCAUUUAUGACAUUUCUUUUCUGGACUUCUCUGCUUGUAGAUUACAGUUGUGAUACUGUGUAUGUGCCAUCAUUUGUUUUAAUUUUUGUGGGACAAUGAAAAACACUAAAGACAGUUAGGACUAUUCCUACUUUCUAGUAAAUUAUAAUUUGGCUAUUAUACCUGUGCAUGCCUGUCUUUGUGUAUAGUAUAUCAGUAUACUUUUAGGUCAUUUGGCUUAAAACACAUAAGAGAUGCUCAUCCAAUAAGCAAGCAAUAGCACAAGAAUGGGUGGAAAGUAGCUUCAGCAAGUGAAAGAUGAUCACUCUGGUAUUCUUUCUAUAUCUUUAUGAGUCUAUUUAGUAUUAUGGCAUUGCAUUUC